ACAAUUAUUUAUUAUUAGCAAUGUAGAAAUUACCAAGCAAGCUUAUUGCUUAAGCAUUUCUUAAAAAGUAUUUAUUAAAGGAUUAAGUACAUUAAAAUGCUUUAUGCAUCAAAAAUAUGGUAUAUAAGAUGUCUUUUGCAUUUUCUUAUGAAAAUCAUGGUAGAAAAAUGUAUAGUGAUUCAAUGACAAGACAUUUUAAUAGAUUCAGAUAUGAUGAAUACUAAUCCUUAAAAGAUAGCUAAUUUAAGCUUGCUCUUUAAUCAAAACAUGAAAAAAAGAACUUUUAGAAUGUGUUAAAAUAAUUUGAAAAAGACGAAUUUUAAAAAUUCUUUGAAAAAUCUUCUAAACGCUAAGAUCGUCGCUCUUCUGAACUACCUGAAAGAUAUGAUAAUUACGAAUAUUACACUUAAUUUGCUAGAAUGGGUGAAUUUAACGAUUAUUUGAUAGUAAUGAGAAGGGAAUUAGGAGAUAAAAGCAAAUAAAUUGAAGAAAAAGUAAUAGAUCUUCUUGAAAUAGGAGUAGUUAGAAGAUCCCAUUAAAAUACAGCACAUCUUACCAAAAUGAGUUUUUCUGAUUGUCAUAGAUAUAUUGCAGUAGGAGUAGAUCUAAAAAAUGAUGAGCACUAAACUUUUUUCAUUAAAGAUGUUAAAAGCAAUGUUUUUUUAAAUGACAGAUUAGAAGAUGUUUUUAAUGUAAAAUUCUCAAAAUGUGGCAACUAUUUGUAUUAUGUUAAACAAGACGACAGGCUUUGGUCAAAUGCAAUUUAUAAACAUAAAAUAGGUAGCGAAAUGAGCAAAGAUGAGCUAAUUUACUAGGAAAAAGAUGAAUCAUUUUAUCUAGAAUUAAUGCAAUCAAAAGAUAAAAAAUAUUUAUUUAUCGACUGUAGAUCUAAGGCUAAUUCAGAGAUUCACGCUCUAGAUAGAGAAACAGGAGAAAUUAAAUGUUUAGUUAAAAGAUCUGAUAACUGUAAGGCCUUUUUGAAUCAUGUUAAUGAUAAAUUUUUUGCUUUAGUUAAUAAAGAUCUCAAAACAAAAGAAAAUUGUUACGAUUUCAAAGUAAUUACAAUGAGCUAAGCCUCUCCCUCAUCUAAAGGCUAUAAUAUUUAAGAUUUCUAUAUCCCUGAAGAAGGAGAAGUCAUUAGAGAAAUUGAUAUUUUUGAAGAUUGUCUAGUCCUUUACAUCUAUAAAGAAGGUAGCGUUUACAUGAGAGUUGUAGAUUUAAACAACCCUUAAAGCAACUAUAAAAUAUCUUUAGGAGAUGAAUACUUAGCAGGAACUUCUAUAUCUCCUGGACUUAAUGAAAAUCUUAAAACUGAGACUUUUAGAUUCCAUGUCGACACACCAUUUGUUUAUAACUAAGUUUUCGAUUUCGAUUUUAAGAAAAAAAAAAGUAUUUUAUUGUAAGAUUUUGAGUUAGAUGGUCCUUAAUUCAAAAAAAAUAAUUACAUUUCUGAAAUAGUUUAUGCAAAUAGCAAAGAUGGAGUAACUAUACCUAUCACUAUUUUGAGAGCUAAAAAAUUCCAAAAAAAUAGAUAAAAUAAGCUUCUCCUCCAUGGCUAUGGCUCUUAUGGAGUAAAUCUAGAUAUUGGAUUUAGCAUAAAUUAUCUGAGUGCUUUGGAAGAAGGAUGGACUCUUGCCUUUGCUCAUGUUAGAGGAGGAGGUGAAAGAGGUUAAAAGUGGCACCAAGAUGCAAUAUUAGAUAAAAAACCUAAUUCCUUUUAUGACUUUAUAAGUUGUGCAGAAUAUCUAGUAGCAGAAGGUUACACUCAUCCUUCAUUAAUGUGCGCCUAUGGAGCUAGUGCUGGUGGAGUCUUAGUUGGAGCAGUAAUGAACAUGAGACCUGAGCUUUUUAAAGCUUGUAUUUUAAAUUAUCCCUUUUUGGAUGUUUUAACAAGUUUACUUGAUAAAAAUCAAGCCUUGAGUGCUUCUGAUUAUGAUGAUUUUGGUAAUCCUUUGGAAUACUAGUAUUAUUAUGAUCUCAUUUCAAGUUAUUCUCCUUAUGAAAAUAUUUAGCUUGAUGCUGAGUAUCCAGCAGUUUACAUAACUUGUGGAUCUAAUGAUUAUAGAGCCCCUCUUUGGAAUGUUUUAAAAUAUGUUAACAGAUUUAGAGAUAGAGUUCAAACUCCAACAAGAACUAAAGAAUUUUGUCCCAAAAAUAUAGUUGUAAAUGUCUUAGAUUCUGGCCAUUCUGGUGAAUAAGGAGUUAUCCAUGGAAUAAAAGAGAAAGCUUUAUAUCUUGCAUUUUUGGAAUAUGUUGUGACAAAGUGUAAUAAUGACAUAAAAGUAGAAGAAAUUUGAUAAACAUAAUUCUUAAUUACUUAAAAUAAUUAUUAAAAAUUGAAUUAUAAUAUAAAACUUUAUAUUUUUUAUAAAUUUCUUCUAAUU